AUGAAUAAGAAAGAUCAUAAUCCAGUUAUUAGUGAUUUUGCUAAAUUACUUAAAUGUGAAGAUAAAGAAUUAUUCGGAGAAGUAAUCGCAAGAUCAUGUAAUGUACUUGAUGAUUCUCUAAUUGGCAAAGAAGGAAAUCAAAUUAAUUUAAAUAAUUUAAUAUUACAAUCUAGCGAAGCUGUUAUACUCAAACUACUGACUUCUCCCUCUAGCAUUCCUUUUUGUCAAUAA